AUGGACAUCCCGUACAACACAUCAUCAUCAUCUGUUUUAGUGCUAAGUGGCUUCAAUUUAUCCUCUGAAAGUAUCUUUCCCACGUUUCUUUUUGCAACUCUGAGCUACAUGAUCAUACUUUUCUGCAAUCUUAUUCUCAUCCUUACCAUUGUAUUGAACAAAUGUCUGCAUCAGCCCAUGUAUCUAAUUCUGCUGAACCUUCCUGUCAAUGACCUUAUAGGCUCCUCAGCACUCUUUCCACAGCUCAUUAAAGAAAUACUGACCAACAGCAGGACAAUGCAAUACUCUGCUUGUUUAGCCCAAGCUUUUUUUAUCCACAUCUAUGCAGCAGGUACAGUGUUCAUUCUGAGUGCUAUGGCGUAUGAUAGAUACAUUGCCAUAUGUUGCCCUUUGAAAUACAACACUGUUAUGACUAAUGCCCACAUUAUGAAAAUAAUCACGAUUGUAUGGGCAAGUAAUUUAAUUUUAAUGGGCAUGCUUUUUUUUCUGCUUUUGCGUUUACCUCGCUGUCGAUCUGUAAUGACACAUACCUACUGUGAUAAUCCAUCUUUGCUGACUUUGGUCUGUGCCGACAAAUCCAUCAACAACAUUUAUGGUCUUUUUAUUGUUGCUCUUUCUCAAGUGAUAGCUAAUGGAAUGAUUUUGUAUACAUAUCUUCAAAUCCUUGUUGCAUGCUUCAGAUCCAAACGAGCAGACACAAAAUCCAAAGCUCUUCAAACGUGUGCGACACAUCUGAUAGUUUUUCUCCUGUUGGAGUGUCUAGGUCUUUUUACCAUCAUAUCAUACAGAAUUAAGAACAUUUCACCACAUUUAAGGAGAUUCAUGGGGUUGUCGACAUUAAUUUUCCCACCAACACUAAAUCCAAUCAUCUAUGGACUGAAAACAAAGGAAAUUCGAGAAAAAAUAGUGCACUUUUUUGGGAAUAAAAUCAAUCCAUUUUAA